CGCGGUGGCCCGUCGCGCUGCUGCUCCCCGGGGGGAACGAGGACGCCACCGGGGAGGACAGGGCGGCGCCGCCGCCGCCCGACGACGCCGCUAAUAAAGAAGAAGAAUCGCCCGAGGACCUCCUCAAGUCCCUGAUGAAGCCGCCCAAGUGCAGGAGCACCGAGUCGUGCGCGGCGCCGGCCAAGUUCCUCGUCACCGGCGGCAACAAAUCAUUUGUAGAAAGUCUCACGGGCAACAUGCUCCCGCCACACGCGUCGGCGAACCUGACGGCUAACAUCUCCGGCCUGGCUGAUUUUGCUCUGGCAACAGAUGCAAAUGGGCUUGGCGCUCGUAACUAUGACUCCGCAUUUGGUAUGGGGGCGCUUUACUUCCUUCAGAGCAAAUGCACUCCCAAUUCUACACUUUCAUUUGAAGUUCAGAACGGUCCAGAAAAGUCCACCAAGGCUGCAAAAUGCACUCAAGGAUUCUUUGACUGGUGUGAGAGUUCAGAAGUCAUGAACAAUGAAUUGUAUAGAGGUUACAACGAAGACAAGACCAAGAAAAGGGUGCAGAAUAAUAAUGCUGUUGUUUCAGCAUAUGAUCUCACAAACUCAGACCUCAAGAAGUUCAACUUUAUUGUCCAAUACAAUCCUGACAAACAAAACGUGCUUCGGGUUGCACGGUUAAUGAAUCUGGCCUCAAACGCAUACCUUCAAUUGAGGGGUAAUAAUACUAAGCUGCGAUUUGGGUUUGUUAAAGACAUGCCUAGAGAUGGUCACCCUCUAAAGCCUCCUGAUAUGUCUUUCCUAGUGGGCAAGCUGAUUUUUGUAUGGAUUGUGAUGCUUCUAUUCCCGGUCAUCCUGAGCAGUUUAGUCUAUGAGAAGCAGCAGAAGCUAAGGGCUAUGAUGAAGAUGCAUGGCUUAGGGGAUAUAGCAUACUGGACUAUAUCCUAUUGCUACUUUCUUCUCAUAUCGCUAAUUUAUAUGCUCUUAUUGGUUACAUUUGGCUCCGUUGUAGGUAUAAAGUUAUUUGCAUCGAAUAGCUACGUGUUACAGUUCAUAAUCUAUUUCACUUACAUGAAUUUGCAAAUUUCAUCCGCUUUCCUUAUGACAUCAUACUUUACUACUGUCACAACUGCUACUGUGACAGGAUAUCUCUACGUAAUUGGAUCUGGCUUUGUAGGAGAAUAUUUGUUCAAGCCUUUUGUUGAAGAUACCUCUGUCUCAAGAAGCGCGAUUACGCUGAUGGAGUUCUUCCCGCCAUUUUCUUUGUACCGCAUAAUCUAUGAGCUCUCUCCACCCCCAGCAACGGGAUUUUAUUCGGACUUUUCUGGUGUACAACUGGGAGAUCUGAGUAAUCCGGAGAAUGGAAUUUUAGUCUUGCUAAUAAUAAUGGUACUUGAGUGGGCCACAUUCCUUUUCUUGACAUUAUACUGGGAUGAAUUUGGUUGCCUCCAAAAUGUAAUGAGAAGCCGUCAGGCUCUUCAGAAGCCAUCUACACAGCCUCAAAAAUGUGAAGCUUCAAUUGAAAUAGACAGGACUGAUAUUAUGCGAGAGAGAGAGAUAGUUGAUAGAUUCUUGCAACAACCAGAUAAUAGUUAUUCCAUCAUAAUUGACAACAUUAGGAAAGUGUACCCUCCGAAAGAUGGAAAUGCAGAGAAAGUUGCUGUCAAAGGCUUCUCACUUGCCAUCCAAAGAGGAAAAUGUUUUGGACUUCUUGGUUCAAAUGGUGCUGGAAAAACCUCUCUCAUUAGCAUGCUGACUGGAUUUACUAAACCUACAUCUGGCACGGCUUAUAUUGAUGGACUGGAUAUACGGAGGGACAUGAGCGAAAUUUAUACGAGAAUAGGUGUUUGUCCACAGUUCAACUUGCUGUGGGAAACACUGACUGGCCGAGAGCAUUUGAUGUUUUACGGCAGGCUUAAGAGAUUGAAUGGUGCCGCAUUAAUUGAGGCUGCAGAACAGUCUCUAAAAGUAUUACGGAUAUUUGAGGGUGGUGUUGCUGAUACUUUUGUGUCACAAUACAGUGGUGGCAUGAAACGUCGUCUUAGCGUUGCUAUAUCUCUAAUCGGUGAUCCUAAGGUUGUUUACCUGGAUGAACCAAGUUCAGGGUUGGAUCCAGCAUCAAGGAAUGCCUUGUGGAAUGCUAUCAAGUUUGCCAAAAAGGACAGAGCCAUAGUUCUCACGACCCAUUCAAUGGAAGAGGCUGAAGCUCUUUGCGACCGGAUAGGAAUAUCCGCAUAUGGGCGUCUUCGCUGCACUGGAACCUCCAAGGAGCUGAAAGCCAAGUAUGGAGGCACAUUUGUGUUCACGGUGACAGCCGCGGCUGGUGAGGAUGAGGCGGUGGAGCAGCUAGUCCGCUCGAUCUCCCCUACGGCGAAGAGGACGUACCACAUCGCGGGGACGCAGAAGUUUGAGAUGCCGAAGCACGGGGUGAAGAUCUCUGAAGUCUUCCGGGCCAUGGAGCAGGCAAAGGGAUCGCUGAACAUCGUCGCCUGGGGCCUGGUUGAUACAACGCUGGAAGAUGUCUUCAUCAAAGUUGCCAAGGAGAGUGAGAAAUGCCCUGAUUAGAUUGGGCAUUUCUUGGGGGCGUGUUUGGUUUGCUUAAAUGCUUGCUUUUUCUUAGACGAUCGGAAGAAUCUUGCCUUGCUUUGACUACCCAGGUGUAUUCAAACUAAAGUCUUACUUUGAAUACCUGCAGAAGAACAUGUCUUUUUUUA